CCGCCUCUGGCGCCUCCUUACCUAGCCAUCGCAUCGCCCCCCUUCUCAUCAUCCCCAUGCCUCGCCUCGCCUGAACACCCGCGCCCGCGGCAACGGCCUGGCCCGUCUACCCUACCCCCCCCCCCCUCCUCCAUGGCGCUCCUGCUCCGCCGCCUCAUCCCGCGCCACUACGCCAACCGCGCCGCCUCCGCCGCCCUCGCCCUCGACCCGCCGCCGGCUCCGGCCAUGCUUGGUGUAUCUCAGAGAUGUUCUUACACUUUCAUGCCUUAUUCACCUUUCCGUCCAUGUGAAAUGUGUGGAGUUUCAGUAACUAAUAAUUCAUCAAGGCAGUUGUCUUCAAUUCGUUCCCGUCUUCCCGUAAGGCUCAAAAGUGGUUCCUUUUUUGCUACUGGGCUCAUGAGCAAUCACAAUUUUGUGACUAAUAAUAUUGGUAAUUCACGGUGCUUUCUGACUGUGUGCAAUAAAAAUCUGAGUUUUCUCAUCAGAAAUAAGAGUUUAUUUGGUAAUCCAAAUAUGAGAAGGGAAGAAGGGAGUGAUAUGCACAGUUUGUUUCAUAGAUCUGAGAAAAAGAAAAGCACAUUACCUUCUUGUAGCAUCAUCACUGAUGAGGCUUCAACAUCAACUAGCAACCACAGUAAGAGUGCUAUUGGUACUGAAAAUAGUUCAACAAGCAGAAUAAAGGACGUUAGUGAAGAUAAGAAGGUAUCUAUCAAGAAACAGAGCAAAUCUGCUAAAACUAUUGCGGCAGCAAAGAUUGGGACAACUGAUGUGAGCGAAGAAGAAAACAAGCGUGAAAUUUCCAAAUCAGAAAAGAAUGCCAAUAUUUCUAGAGAUAAGAAGACAUCAAACAGGUUGAAGAAAUUUUCAAAAGCAAAGAAAUCUGCUGCUGCUAAAGCUGAAAUUUGUACGAAGAGUUCUGUUGAUAGUUCUGAUAGUGAGCAGAAACCACUUGUUCCUCUUUACCCUCCCACAGCUAAAUCAGUUAUUGUUGUUGAAUCAGUUACAAAAGCAAAAGUUAUUCAAAAAUACCUUGGCGACAUGUAUGAAGUGUUGCCUAGUUAUGGCCAUGUGAGAGAUUUGGCUGGAAGAUCGAAAUCUGUUCGCCCUGAUGAUGACUUCAGUAUGGUGUGGGAGGUGCCUGCUGCUGCCUGGACACAUCUUAAGAGAAUAAGAACGGCGUUGAGAGGAGCAGAAAAUUUGAUUCUUGCGUCUGAUCCUGACCGUGAAGGGGAAACAAUUGCUUGGCAUAUCAAAGAAAUGCUUGAACGACAAGACGCUUUGGGUUGUAAUGUUACUGUUGCCAGAGUUGUCUUUCAUGAAAUAACAGAGGAUGCUGUUAAAAAUGCUUUAAUGUCUCCAAGAUAUAUUGAUAUGAACCUAAUUAAUGCCUAUCUAGCACGACGUUCCCUUGAUUAUUUGAUUGGGUUUGGCAUAUCACCGCUGUUAUGGAGGAAGUUGCCUGGUUGCCAGUCAGCUGGACGAGACCAAUUUGCGGCGUUGGCUCUUCUGUGUGAUCGAGAGGCUGAAAUAGAACAGUUUAACCCAGAAGAGUAUUGGACUAUUGAUACUGACUUCAAAACCCAACAUUCCGGCCCUUCAAAUGGCCUGAACCUUCAAGCCCAGAUAAAGCAUUUGAAUUCAAAAAAGUUGGAUCAACUUUCUAUAUGGUCUCAAGAAGAAGCACAAGAUAUAGAGAAGAGGAUUUAUUCGUCUCAAUUUGAAGUAAUAGGAAUUAAGAGAAGUAAAAUUCACAAGAAUCCUCCUAUGCCAUAUAUAACAUCUAGCCUUCAGCAGGAUGCAGCAAACAAACUACAUUUUAGUGCUGGGUAUACCAUGAAGAUAGCCCAAAAGCUUUAUGAGGGGAUCACCCUUUCCUCAGAAGACGCAACUGGGUUAAUUACAUACAUCCGAACAGAUGGCUUUCAUAUUUCUGAUGUAGCUGCAGAAGAUAUUCUUUCAUUAGUAAAGCAAAGGUAUGGUGAGGAAUAUGCUUCAGAGGGCAUUAGAAAAUACUUCAAGAAGGUGAAAAACGCUCAAGAAUCGCAUGAAGCCAUAAGGCCAACCAGCAUAAGGAGGUUACCGUCAUCUUUGGUCAGUACACUUGAUGAUGAUUCUUUGAAACUAUAUGCCCUAAUAUGGAAAAGAACUAUGGCUUGCCAAAUGGAAGCUUCUAGAGCUGAGAUGAUUCAAGUUGAUAUUGGUAAUUCUAAAGGAGACAUGAUUUUUCAUUCGUCUGCAUCAAAUCUUGACUUCAAGGGAUACCAAGCUGUAUAUGAUGACACGGAAGCAAGUCCUUCCAGUAACAAUUCUGAGGAUGAUGCUGUUCAUCAGGAUAACUUUGAGGCCUUGUCCAAAUUAAAGGUGAAGGACUUGAUGUCUCCAGUUAACGUUCAUCUUGCACAGAACUUUACUAAACCUCCAUCACGUUAUUCCGAGAGUGCAUUGAUUAAAAGACUAGAAGAACUUGGAAUCGGAGGGCCAUCCACAUACUCUUCUAUAAUGAAAGUAUUGCAGGAUCGUAACCAUGUGACAGUAAAAGGUCAAGUUGUGCACCCCGAAUUCCGUGGUCGGAUGGUCUCAGCAUUUCUUACACAUCACUUCUCAGAAGUUGCAGAUCUCAGCUUUACUGCUAACUUGGAGACUGAGCUUGAUAACGUCUCUGCUGGAUCAACUGAAUGGAAAGGCCUUCUGAAAGAUUUUUGGGAACGAUUCAAUAAAUAUUGUGGCAAUGCUAGUCGCCUUCAAGUCAGGAAGGUAGAGAGAAUGCUUGAAGAAAAAUUUGGUUCCAUCCUCUUUCCUGACCUUGACAAUGAUAGUAGGAUAUGCCCUAGUUGUUCUGAAGGAACUCUGAGAUUGAAAGUAAGUAAGCAUGGUGAAGGAUAUUUUAUAGGUUGUGAUCGACAUCCGAAAUGCAAGUACAUUGCUCGCACAUUGUCGGUUGAAGUUGAUGAAACUGAGGCAUCUGAUGAAAUUCAAAGCACUUUUACACCUAGGUUACUUGGGGUGCUACCUGAUUCUGAUGAGAAGGUAUUUCUGAAACAAGGUCCUUACGGUCACUAUAUCCAGGUUGGAGAGGAUAUAAAAGGAGUGUCUCGGAAAAGAGCUCCUCUUUCUGAAGUGAAAGAUAUUGACUCAAUCACUUUAGAAGAUGCAAUCGAGCUAUUGCAGUAUCCCAAAAUCCUGGGAAAACACCCUGAUGAUGAUCUUCCUGUACUUGUAACACAUUCUAAAUCUGGAUUUAGAAUCAGACACAGGAGAACUCUUGCUCCAUUGCCGAAGGUACGUGUUCUAAUAUUGUACUAUCUGUUGAAUGUUGGUACCACACACACCAUUAUGAUACUACGCGAAUACAAACGCGCAAUGUUUAGUUCUUUUGUGCUGGCGCUAUUGUUUUCUGCUAUACUACAAUUGAACAAAACUUUUAACUGCUGAGAUGCAUAUAUUUCUUCAAAAUUGUUUGUGACAGAGCGCAGACCCAAAGGAGAUUACGCUCGAGCGUGCAUUGAAGCUUUUGACAGGUAAAAACGUGAUAAGGUUUGGUCGCCCUAAGGGAAUCAAGAACCCAGAACCCCUUGAAUACCAUUCGUAAACAUCUAAUAUUGUAAAAGAGAUGUUUUUAGUCUAACAAGAUCGCUUAUCGAACGCGAAAUUUACGGUGAUUCCUGACCGGCAUUGUUUGAAGCCAUGGAUUCCGCUUUCUUCCUUUUUUUGCCUAAUCCUGAGUCGGCUUUUGUAUGCUUUAGGGGUGUACGGUGAGUUUGAUAAUGUGGAGAGAUCGUCACUCACACCGUCACACGUACGUUCACGGUGUGUAGCAGCGUACACCCUCCGUACCAACAAAAAAAAAAUCCUUUUGUCCAUAUCAAUCUCCAAAAGUUCUUUCUCGAAGCGGAGGGUGUAGGUGAGUGUGAUCGUACCUGUGAGUGAAUGGAUGCAGUUCGUAAAAGUACUACUCACUGAAAUGUGGGUUCCACAGCCCUUCAGAUCCACAUGUCAGUGAAUACAUGUAAUACUGCAGGGGAUCUUAAUUGGUGAGUGAAUAUGACUGUGGUUGACAAUGAA